AUGGCGAAGACACCAAAGACCAUUACAGCCGUCCGCAAACUUCUCCGUGCUCGAGCAAAUGCUGACUCAUACUUCAGUCGUCAAGGUUUUACCAGAGGCAAUACGAAGAGCACGCAAAACCUCAAGGGCCAAUACAAUGGAUCUCAGUCCCCGAAUUUGCAGCAAGCGCCGCCAAUGCCAUCCCUUGCCAACUCUCCCUCACUAUCAUCAAACUUCAGUCAGGAGGCCAUCUAUGCUGAACAAGAACCGAAGAAGUUCUUGAACGAGAAAUAUGCAAAAUGCUCAGUCAAGGGGAACUUUCUGACCUUGGCUGCACAACCCAAGAAUGUCGAGCUUGGAGAAUGGCUGGCUCAUCAACUGGUGGAGAUGAAUAGGUUGCUUACCAGCAUGAUUCUAGUCAUUCAAGAGGUGGACACGAACACUGGAAUGGCGCUGUGCAAUGAAGCUGGCUGCCCUACGAUGUCUGCUGGACGUCUCACUUAUACCUGGCUCGAGAAUGGAAGACCAGCCAAGAUCCCAGCGCCAUCAUACAUUGUUCGGGUUCAGCGAUGGAUUGUCGGCAAGAUUCACGACGAGAAGGUCUUCCCCACAGAACCACCAUCCAGUAUCUCCAGUGCUGGGUACGCUCCCGGAGAUACCAGCUCGACGCCAAGCUCGGCGACAACUCCAAUCCCGGCUGGCCCUACCAACCUGAAUCAAUCUCUGACCUCUCUUGCGGGCAUCCAGGACGAGUGGGUUGGCAAGUCAUCUGGAUUCCCACAGAACUUCCUCCAAGAUGUCAAGAGCAUCAUCAAGCAGAUGUUUCGAUGUUACGCUCACUUGUAUCACUGCCAUUGGGACCAUCCUUUCUGGCACAUCAACCGUCACCUCGACCUCAAUAGCUGCUUUGUCCACUUUAUCACCGUGGCCAUGUAUUACGACCUUCUGCCCAGGAAGGACAUGGAGCCGCUCCAGGGUCUGAUCGACAUCUUUGUCGCUCAGGGAAUCGUGCCUAGAGAGGCUGUGCAGCAGCAUUCCAUUUAG